AGUUUACAUAUAUAUUGAAUAAAUCAAGGAGCCAUGGAUUAAUUAAACAUCUCAUGGGAAGACAUAUAUUUGGUAAAAUAUAUAUAUAUAUAAAUAAAUGUGUCUCUCUCUUUUUCCUUGUAAACAUGUCCCAUCUCUAUAUAUCAGAACCUCUUGUUAUGCUUCCAUGCGAGUAAAAGAUGUUUCUACUAUUUAGGGAGGUUGACAACUUCACAUGAGUUCUGGGAUGAUUGGCAUGAGUCUUAUCUUUACUUUUUUGUCAUUUGCAUUGGGAUCAAAUCCAUUCUCAGCACAUCACUAUAUGGUGAGGAUAUAAUAAAGCUUUCUAAAUGAGGACAGUCUAUCAUAUCUAAACUCAUAUUUUCUCCCUUCUUCCUAGGAUGUGAACAGCAUUACAGCAAGGUGUCAGAACUUCACCCUGAAGACCCCAAAAACUUUCCCCAAGAAACAAAGCAGAGUUUUUCAAGCUCCGGAUCUGAAAGGGAUGCUGCAAGCAUUGAAAGAGCUGACAGAUAUGCAACUAUACUGGGUUGACAUGAAAUUGACUCCAAGGAAAAAUUCAAAUACUUUUAAUUUUUUUAAUCCGACACAAGUGGAAUUCUCAUUUGAGAAGUGUUCAGCUCCUGCUAAUUCAAGUAGUAAUGAUUAUUACAGCAUCGGAGGCUCCCCACUGAUGACAUCAGGACAACAUUACUGGGAGGUAGAUGUGUCCAACAAAAGCGCCUGGAUCCUGGGGGUAUGUGAAGUAAAAGACCUCCAAUGGCUUGUGAGGAACUGUUUUACACAAGUUGUAAGUUACCAACCUAGACAUGGUUAUUGGGUUAUAGGGUUAAAGAAUCAAGUUGAAUAUACUGCUUUUCAGGACUCUUCCUCCAAUGAUCCCUUGAUUGUGACCCUCUUCCUGCCAGUUCCUCCCUGGCGUAUUGGGGUUUUCCUAGACUAUGAUGCUGGUACUCUCUAUUUUUUUAAUGUUACCAAUGGGUUUCUCAUCUAUAAAUUCUCUUCAUGUCGCUUUUCUCCAAUGGUUUGUCCAUAUUUCAAUCCUAUAAAUUGUUCAGUCCCCAUGACUCUGUGCUCGCCAAGCUUGUGAAGUUCCUACACCAACACCCACUUGCCUGGAUGCAUCUCACGCACCUGAGCUCAUCGGCACCAUUCUAACCGUCUUUUCCUUGCUGCCUGCUCUUCAAUCUAUUUGUGCAAAUUGCCUUGUGCCACAUUCCUCCCAAUAUUUCAUUUGCAUUUAUGAGAAAAUUUUAUUCAUUAUUUUCCAUACUCAGGAAAAAUGACUGAUCCUUCAUAAAGAAAGACCAGUAUUGAGGUAACACCUCUGCCAAAUCUUUACAACCCAAUUCCCUCUGACACUGACUAAGAAAACAAAAACAUAUUUUUCAACAACUUUUUUAUAUUAUUGAAGGGCAUGUCUAGGAGUCACUCACUAAAGAAUGAGCCAUUAGCAGUGUGUCAGCUUAUCCGUGAUGCCCCUUAUCAUCAAGGUAUGAAGGAGAAAAUAUAAUUGCUUUAUACAAAGAGUGGAGGCUUUGAGUACAGAGUGUCUGAGUUAAAAUUCUGUCUUCCCACAUACUAGCCAUGUAAUUUUGAAUAACAUUCUUAAAUUGCUGUGCUUAUUUUCUUUAAAUAAUUUUGGUAUAAAAACUUCACCUAAUACUUUGGAUCACUGUGACAAAAUUAAUUCAUUAAGUAUAAAGCAUCUAUUUAAGUUCUCAACUUAAUAAUAAGUAUUUGCUCUACUAAGUACUGAAAAAUGUAACCUGUGGCCGUGUCCCAUGGAACAGCUUGUGCCUUCGGAGGAACUAAGUUUACCUUUACUGAAUUCUCAUUUUUUUUAUGUCCUAUACACCAUCCUCAAUACUACUCCAGCUCUGUCUUUUAUAUACAUACAUACGUACACACACACACAUUUAAAAUUUCAUUGUAAUUCUGAUGUUGCUACAGUCUUGCCCUUAUCAAGUAAACACAAUUCUAUGGGAUUCAGUUUAUUAUUUGAAAAAGAAUAAUAAAAACUAACUUUACCAGAUAUAGUAUUUUGAAACUUAAAAAACAGAAUGUUUUCUUAAUAACUUCUAUCAUUUCUAGCACAUAAGAAGUAAUCUAAUAAGGUGUCUAUUAAUUUUUGUUUCUUUUCUCUGUUACUGAAAUAAAUGAUUUAUAAGAAAAUGUGUUAGUUUACUUUCAAAAUUAUUACCCAAACUUUGCUUUUAUAAAUAGUGUAACUAGAUUAAAGAACCACAGAUUUUUAUUUAUUUUUUUUAAAAUGUAAAAUAAAUGCUGUUGAAUGGAAAAAAAAAAAA